CUUACAACUAGGCUUCUAUCAGUCAUGGAAAGAGAUAUCAACAUUGAGAAUGAUGCUCACCAUAACAACUUGCUUACCUCUUCUUCCGUGGUCUCCACCGCCGCCACUUCCUCCGCCACAUUCUCGUUUUUGGGUUCCCAUCAAAGCAAGAAAACUUCAAACAAUGGUGUGGCUCCUAAAGGGUCAAAGAAAGCUGGAGAUCACUUGGAAAAUGAGAGGCACAGGACUAGUGAUGAUGAUGAUGGCAAGCAUCAGACAUACCGUGGAGUACGUAAGCGAAGCUGGGGCAAAUGGGUGUCUGAAAUCAGAGAACCAAGGAAGAAAUCAAGGAUAUGGCUUGGAACAUACCCUACAGCUGAAAUGGCUGCUCGAGCCCAUGAUGUAGCUGCAUUGGCCAUUAAAGGCCACUCCGCUUACCUUAACUUCCCUGAACUUGCAAAGCAACUCCCACGCCCUGCCAGUACCACUCCCAAGGAUAUCCAAGCCGCUGCUUCUCAAGCAGCUGCCUCAACUUUUCUCAAGACAGGGGGAUGCAACAUUGAAGAACUUCCUGUUUCACAAGAAUCAUCAAGUUCAUCACCUUCUAUCGAUAACGAUGACACCUUCUUUGAUCUCCCUGAUCUCAUGAUUGAUGCCAGGGAUCGAAGAGAUGGGUUUUACUCAUAUUCUUCAACAUGGCAAAUAUGUGCUGAGGAGCCAUUCUCAUGGGAAUACUACUAGCAAAGCUCUAACUUUCAAAUUUCUUCAUCUGUUACACAAUAAUCACUGCAUUCCCUAAAGGAAACCAAUCAGGAAAACUCGCUUUUGAAUCGUGAAUUGUUGGUGGUUUGUGUUCAACCUUGGUUCAGAGAGAUACAAAAGGCAGUGGCAAUGUUACAAUCUUGUCUACAGUUUCUCCAAGAAACAUAUGAGAGAGAUGAAAUUGUUAAUCUCCAUUGUAAAAUACGAGCACUAGACAUAUAUAAACAAUUAAUAAAUGGCAAAUUUCUUCUUUGCGAGUGUAAUUCAUGUUCAAAAUUUGAUUCAGUCGAUUUAUGUAAACACGAGACAACAUCCCACAAUUUUAAUA